GGCGGCGGGCACCGAGUCACCAGGCACAACCGUGGGCUCCGAGUCAACUGGGAUGACCGCUGGCACUGGGUCAGACAUUGGAUCGUCUGGCUGGACAGCGGGCACUGGGUCACCAGGCAUCAGGUCAUUUGGCUCGACAGCGGGCACCGCGUCAUCUGGCAAGGCAGUGGGCUCCGAGUCAACUGGUAUGACCGCGGGCACUGGGUCAGACAUUGGAUCGUCUGACUGGACAGCGGGCAUCGGGUCACCAGGCAUCAGGUCAUUUGGCUCGACAGCGGGCACCGCGUCAUCUGGCAAGGCAGUGGGCUCCGAGUCAACAGGCACGACAGUGAGCACCGGGUCAUCAGGUACCGGAUUGUCUGGCUCGACAGCGGGCAGCAUCGGGUCACCAGGCAUCAGGUCAUUUGGCUCGACAGCGGGCACCGGAUCAGGUACCGGAUCAUCUGGAUCAACAGCGGGCAUCGAGUCAACUGGCCUAAUAGGAUCGUCAGGCUGGAUCAGUUCAUCAUGCUGGGUAGAGGCAUCAGGCUGAAUGCCGGCGUCCGGCUGAGUAGAGGCUUCAGGCCGAGUAGAGGCUUCAGGCCGAGUAGAGGCUUCAG